CAUGCUUUAAAAAAAAAACCCGUGGUAGAAAAAGAUUUAAAAGCAGAGGGGAAACGCAGGACAGCAGAACAUGGACGACUGGCGAGUUUUCCCAAAAGCAAGUUAGCGCACAUUGGACUGUGAGGCUGGAUGUGUGAUCAUGGAGGCUGAUGAUGCGGUUGCACAUGGCCACAGUAAUCAGGCAGUUAACGCUAAUGUGUGUCCCGCGGAGUCUACAGAUGAGAGGUUCAAUGAGAACAUAGAUGUGGAUGAAGACGGUUUGUUCAAACACUCCACCACUCUGACUAACAAGCAGCGUGGGAACGAGGUCACAGUACGCCCGGCAACUUUAGACGCUCUGUCCAUACACCAGCUGGCAGCUCAAGGCGAGGUUUCACAAGCGGCUGCACACCUGAGUAAAGACAGCUCACUGCUCAUCAAACAGGAUGAACGGGGCUUUACCCCUCUCAUGUGGGCGGCAGCGUUUGGAGAGAAAGCCAUGGUGGAUUUUCUCUUAGAAAAGGGUGCAGACCCCAAAACCAUUGCAAGGGAGCGAGAGAGUGCCCUGACACUGGCUAGCUCUGGAGGUUAUGUGGACAUUGUUGAGUCUCUUCUCAGACAUGGAGCAGACAUUAACACUUAUGACUGGAAUGGUGGAACACCUCUUCUUUAUGCUGUGCGGGGGAACCACAUCAAAUGUGUAGAGGCACUUUUAGCCAAAGGAGCAGACAUGACAAUUGAAUCAGACUCUGGGUACAGUCCAAUGGCCCUGGCCGUUGCCCUUGGACACAAGAAGAUUCAGAAAGUGUUGGAGGACCAUAUUCUGAAGCUCUACAAGCCAACCACACCCCCAACAUGACACAAGGACAGGGUGACACAGAUGAUCUCACAUCUACAACCAGCUAAUGUUGGUGAUGAAACAGCUGAGACCUCUGUCACAAUUACAGAAUAGAUUAAUACACAUGCAGAGACAUUUACACUGAGCAAACUGCAUUUGUUAAUUUAUAAACUGUUUAUUCCAUUUGUAUGCAUUACCCUAUACACACCAGAAUUAUUUUGUUUGGUGGGAAGGCUG